AAAAAAAAUCUGUAACUUCGCCGUCUUCCUGCCUUCAACUCUUCAUGUCCUCUCUUCACUGUCUCACCUUCCCUGCUCCCUGCUCCUCGAUCUCCAAAAAUGGUGGCAUCAACCUCACAACCCCAAACGCACCCAAUCUCUCUGCAAAACCUUCAUCUCUCAAUCCCCACAAUGCUCUCCAUCAAAACUACCCUGAUUUUCCCCUUUUUCUUCCCGACCUGUCUUCAGAUGCGAGGGAGAAGAUCCUUAGCCUGGAAAUCAUGGGCAUCGACUCCAGCCGCGCUCUUGCCCUGCACCCUGAUCUCCGCGCCGCUUCCCCUGAUUCCAUCCACUCCGUCAUCUCCUUCCUCCUCUCCAAAGGUAUACACCACAAAGACCUCGGCCGGAUUCUCGGCAUGUGCCCGAGAGUUAUGACAUCAAGCAUCGGCAAAGAUCUAGUCCCAGUCUUCAAAUUUCUUUCCUGUGAUCUCAAGGUUCCGGAUUCGGAAUUUCGCCGCGUUAUAAAGAAAUGCCCUAGGUUUCUGGUCUGCGAUGUGCGAGACCAGCUCCGGCCGGCGCUAAUUUAUCUGCAGAGGUUAGGGUUUAAGGAUGUCACGGCGCUUGCUUUCCAUGAUCCGGUGCUGUUUGUUUCCAGCGUGGAGAAUACGCUUAUGCCCAAGUUGCAGCAUCUAAUGCGGCUUGGUCUGUCGAGGGAGGAGGCAGUUGGGAUGGUGCUGAGGUGCCCUAGUUUGCUUACUUUUAGCAUUCAGAAUAACUAUAAGCCAAAGUAUGAGUAUUUUGUGAGGGAGAUGGGGGGAGGAUUGGAGGAGCUCAAGGACUUUCCGCAGUUCUUUGCUUUUAGUUUGGACAAGAGGAUAAAACUGAGGCAUCGGGUGAUGGCGGAGAUGGGGCUGAGGCUGCCAUUGUCGUUGAUGCUGAAGAGCACUGAUAAUGAGUUCAAGGAGUUGUUGAUGCAGAGAGGUUCCGGAUUAGAUGAAUUGGAAUAAUUAUGCUGAGGAGUGGCGUGAUUACUCAAGGGGUUGUUUUUCUCCCAAUUCGAUUCUUAAGUCCUCCAUUCAGAGUAACAGUACUUUUCUCUAUUGCGAAUCUCUUGUGCGCGGUGAAAUCUCAAAGGCAUUUUGUGUGGAGCGGUGAAGUUCGAGAGAUGGAUUUUUGAGCGCGUGUGAUUUCUCUUAUGCAAUCAAGGCAAGAUUUGGAGCGGAAUUAUUGUAAGUUUCAGUGGUGUAGAGAGAAGAUCCGAGUGUUGUAAAUUUCUGUAAAUUUUUCCUCACAUAGUAAAAUUUUUUGGUGUGGCUUGGCUCUGUGAUUUUUUUCCGUUGGGUUUAUUCAUGUCAAAUCACAUUGUAUUUUUCUAGGAUUACUUUAUUGUGCUUUUCCAUUAGAUAUAUUGUUCCAAAUUUAUCAAAUCAGUGUGAUUCUUCUGCGUUGUGAUUUUGCUUGUAAACUAAUUGAAACCCAAGUUUCCAUACCAAAAAGUAGUAUCAGAGCGGAAUUUCUUUUCUAAAGACCUUUGA